ACGAUGGCUGUGGUGCUUGUGGCCGUGGCUGCAACAAUUGGGAAUAUGAUACAAGGAUGGGAUAAUGCAACCAUCGCCGGAGCCAUUCUUUAUAUCAAGAGAGAAUUUCAAUUAGAAAAAGAAGCAACAACAGAAGGGCUAAUUCUAGCCAUGUCACUGAUUGGAGCUACAUUUAUGAGUAUAUUAUGCGGACCAUUAGCAGAUUCCUAUGGCAGACGACCAAUGCUAAUUCUAUCAUCUAUCCUAUAUUUCAUUUGUGGUUUGAUCAUGUUAUGGGCUCCUAAUGUUUAUGUACUUAUUUUGGCGAGACUGUUAGAUGGCUUUGCUAUCGGUCUUGCUCUUAAUUUAGUUCCUAUCUAUAUAUCAGAGACAGCUCCUACAGAGAUUAGAGGAUUCUUAAACACAUUUCCUCAGUUGUGUGGAUCUACAGGAACCUUCCUUGCUUAUUGUAUGGUGUUUGGAAUGUCCUUAAAAGAUUCACCUAGUUGGAGAUUCAUGCUUGGGCUUCUUUCCAUUCUAUCUCUUGUUUAUUUUGCCUUGACACUCUUUUUCUUGCCUGAAUCUCCACGAUGGCUUGCCAGCAAAGGUCGAAUAAUUGAAGCUAAACGGAUUUUGCAAAGACUUCGUGGAAACCAAGAUGUUUUAGGUGAGUUGGCUUUGCUAGUUGAAGGACUAGGAGUUGGGUAUCAAACAUCAGUAGAAGAAUACAUAAUUGGUCCUGCCAAUGCAUUGAGUGACGACCAUGAGACCAUAAAAGAAGAUGAAAUUAGAUUAUAUGGACCAGAAGGUGAAGUUUCAUGGGUUGCCAAACCUGUGAAAGACCAAAGCCUAUUAGCUGCAGUAUCUAGCCAAGGAAGCCCUCCAUCUCCUGGGUUAUCCCUUGUUGAUCCUUUAGUUACCCUUUUCGGAAGCAUUCAUGACAAGCCACUUUCCGAAACAGGAAGUCUAACACUUUUUUCAAACAUGGGGAGUAUGUUGAGUACAGAACCACAAAACGGGAAACAAGAAGACUAUCGGAUUUUCGAGAGUCUAAAAGAUGACGAUCAAGAUCUUACAGUAUCAGUUGUGACUGAUUCUGAUAAUGAGGAAUUGCAUAAACCUUUCUUAUCACGCGAGGCUACUGGCACAGGCACACCUAGCCAGCUUCCAGCUGACACCAUGUUUAGAUGCCAUAGUAGCAUGAUGCAAGGAAAUGAUGAUGAACCGAGUAGCAGCAUGACAGAUAUAGGUGGUGGUUGGCAAUUGGCAUGGAAAUGGUCUAACAAGAUUGGAGGACCACAAAGGAUAUAUUUACACCAAGAGGGUAGUCCUGCUUCUAGGCGUGGAUCUAUUGUUUCAAAUCAUGCUGCUGAUCAAAUUAGUGAAGAAGGAGAUAAAUUCAUUCAUGCUACUGCACUAGUCAGCCAACCCCAAGUUCACCCUUUACAGCUUGUUGCAAAAAGGCCAAGUUGGAGGGAUCUUUCUGAACCGGGAGUCAAACGGGCAUUAUUUGUUGGAGUUGGCAUGUAUAUACUUCAACAGUUUGCAGGAAUAAAUGGUGUCCAAUUUUACACUCCCCAAAUUUUGGAAAAAGCAGGUGUGACAGUUCUAGUAUCAAAUUUGGGAUUGAGGAUUGGUUCAGAUUCUAUAUCACUCCUCAUCAGUGCUCUCACAUCGUUGGUAAUGCUUCCGUGCAUCAUGAUUUCCAUGAGGCUAAUGGAUGUAACUGGCAGAAGGGGAAUAAUGUUGGCCACGAUUCCUAUUCUAGUAGUGGCACUGGUGGCGUUAAUAGUUAGUAGUGCAAUUAGAAUGGGAAGUGCAAUUAAUGCGACUAUAUCAACAGCAAGUGUAGUGGUGUACUUGAGUUGUUUCGUGAUGGGUUUCGGGGCAAUUCCAAACAUCAUAUGCUCAGAGAUAUUCCCUACCAAUGUGAGAGGACUCUGUAUCACAAUAUGUGCUCUCACCUUUUGGGUUGCAGACAUUAUUGUCACAUAUACAAUUCCAGUUAUGCUCAAGGCAAUAGGGUUAGGGGGGGUGUUUGGGAUCUUUGCGGUGGUGUGCAGCAUAUCAUGGAUAUUUGUCUUUACUAAGGUUCCUGAGACAAAGGGCAUGCCCCUUGAAGUCAUCUCUGAGUUCUUUGCUGCGGGUCCUAAAACUGAGACAAAACUAAUGAAUUAA